AUGGCACGGGAGCAUCGUGGUCGCGGUAGGCGAGAGGGUUCUUCUGGUGGAGGUGGGGAAGGUGUUUCUGGUGGCGGUGUCGGCGUUUCUCAUGGAGGUGGUGAGGGUGCUUCUCGCGGAGGUGCAGUGCGUACGUCUCGAGGAGGUGGCGAGGGUGCUUCUCGCAAACGUGGCGAGGGUGCUCCUCCCGGAGGUGCCGUGGGUACAUCUCGAGGAGGUGGUGAUGGUUCUUCUCAUGUGGUCCCGAGUAGGGUUGAGCAAGUUGCGGGGCCCGAGGUUCCCGAAGCGGGGAAUGUAGAGGUAUUGGAGAUUCCUCACUCGCAAGGUGGGCGGCUGCUCCUUGGUGAAAUGCCCAUUGACCAGCCUAGUCUGAGCAUGAUAGAGGAGCAAAUCGCCGAUAUGAGGACGACUUGGGGUAUUCCGGUAAAUGUGCUAUUACGCCCUUUGAGGUGGGGUGGGCGUGUUUUUACGAGUAUCAGCUCAAGUGUGGGUUGA